UAAUCCAAAUUUGAUAAUCAAAUGCGUUCAAUGUUCCAAUUCGAAUCCAACAAUUGAAUCCUUUUCAUGUUCCAAGUUAGAUUAGAGAUUCGAAUACGUUUGAUGUUCCAAGUCACUUGAGAUAUUCAAAUACAUCUCUGACCAAACCAUUCUGGUGUGGUUUACGUUGUCCACAUGGAGCCUACCGUCACUGUUUUGCUCUUUACACCUCCUCACUAUAGCUUUAGUUAUGUCAAUAUCGAGACAGAAGCAUAUUGAAGUUAAAGUUACUGUAGCACCACAUGCAGACUGACAAGAGACUGCUAUUGACAGUACCCUGGGCUACCCCUAAAGAAAGGGCAAUUUCCAUGCAUCUCCAGUCCAACAAUUCGAAAGUUCGAGAUUGCUAUGAGUUCGCGAGGAAAGAAAGGCAGUCGAUGAUGUCAAAUUUGGUGCUGUGUCAAUCUUAGUGAUCUUAAUUCGUUCGGCGCAAUAGUAUUGCGCAUGAAUAUCUCGUCCUUUGAGAUGCUACCCAAAAGCGACAGUAUCUGAACGGCCAGGUCUCACGUUUUCGUAGGAAACAUUUAGUCUCAAACGAAAAAGGCGGCGCCACAUUCUCAACUUUUUAAGACACUCUAAACUUGCCAAGAGAACGUUGAGAUUUUGGUGUGUUCACAUAUGGUCGAUCUAAAUCGCAUUAUAUAUCUCAUUUCGUUUUCAGCACUUAGGUCACCUGCAUUUCCUACCAUCGUCGACGCAAACACUUUUGAAUAGAUUUCUUUAUUUGAUUUUCUUUAUUUUUUGUUCAAUAUCUCCUCGCAACAAAUUCCCCGUGGGAUCUCGAGCACUUUCUUCUAAGCACAUAUACCUUCAAACACAAUGGCAGAGAAAAUUAUACAACUAGAGCCGACGAUGGAACAACAACCACUUGCUAUUCCGCAAGACCAACAGCCUCAGGAGCAACAGCCGCCACAAUCGAGCUAUUCUAGCCCUGACGUCGUUGAGCAGUCAGAAUGGUCAAAUAGUGUCUGGAAUUGCUUCUCUCCAAGCUCACUUUGUCUCAAAGCGUUCUUCUGUCCAUGUUUUGUUUAUGGCAAGACUCAACAUCGGAUGAACAAAGAUCCCAAUCUCACGGGUGUUUUUAUAUGGGCGGGGGCUCAAUGGUGCGGUCUAGGAGCCAUAUUCACCAUUCUUCAACGUCGCCAGAUUCGAACAGAAUAUGGGAUUGGAAAAGCAGGAGAGGGAGGGAUUAAGGACAUAGCUUUGAGUUGGUGUUGUCAUUGUUGUGUUCUGAUGCAACAGGAGAAGGAAGUCAUUAUGAGAAACCAGGGUAGUGAUGUUUUUUCACAGGGUUAUCAGAGGACGGAACCAAUGGCGAUGGCACAAACCGAUUGAUGAUAGAGGGGCUCUGGCAGGACGGCAAAAUUGGGAUACCAAAUCAUUCAAAUGAAAUCAUGCAUUGAAAAC